GCCCUCUUGUACAGAGUUUGGUACGGAGUCAAAACUAGCGUCUGCAGAUUCUUGAUAACCUCAUCUUUGAAAGAAGUGUUUAUUAUCGAAAUGUCGAAGAAUAAACUUAAUUUAACGUUGCGUCCUGGUUCUUUGGAACCCUUGGCUCUAACUCCGCAGUCUGAAAACGACUCUGGUCAAUCUUCGAUUGAUAAUAUACAAGAGCGCAUUGAAGAGCUCAAUAUGAAUGACACUGAGAAAAAACGUUUAGAAAAUUUCCUAUGCCAAAAGUCCACUAUUGGUGAGCUCACAGAUGAUGACCUGGAAAAAUUAGGGGAACUGGGUGCCGGAAAUGGUGGAGUUGUCAUGAAAGUCAGGCAUAAAAAGAGUGGUUAUAUCAUGGCAAGAAAGUUAAUUCAUCUUGAAGUAAAGCCAGCCAUCAAGAAGCAAAUUAUCAGAGAGUUGAAAGUUCUCCAUCAAUGCAAUUUUCCUCAUAUUGUAGGGUUCUAUGGAGCAUUUUACAGUGAUGGAGAGAUAAGCAUUUGCAUGGAGUACAUGGAUGGUGGCUCUCUUGAUCUUAUCUUGAAGAAAGCUGGCCGCAUACCUGAACCCAUACUUGGCAGUAUUACCUUAGCGGUUUUGAAGGGCCUAAGCUAUUUACGGGACAAGCAUGCUAUAAUGCAUAGAGAUGUUAAGCCUAGCAACAUUCUUGUCAAUAGCGCUGGAGAAAUCAAGAUAUGUGAUUUUGGUGUUUCUGGUCAACUCAUUGACUCAAUGGCAAAUUCCUUUGUUGGCACAAGAAGUUAUAUGGCGCCGGAACGAUUGCAGGGAACUCAUUAUUCAGUCCAGUCUGACAUUUGGUCUCUUGGCUUAUCAUUGGUUGAAAUGGCCAUUGGAAUGUACCCUAUUCCACCUGCUGAUGCUAAAACACUUGCUGCCAUAUUUGGGACAGUCAGUGGUAAUAUAGAAGAAAUUGCAGGAACCCCACCUAAUAACAACAGUAGUGGCAGUAGCUCUAGCAAUGGUCCUAGACCGAUGGCAAUAUUUGAGUUAUUAGACUACAUUGUGAAUGAGCCGCCUCCUAAGCUCCCAGCAGGACUGUUUUCUGAUGCUUUCAAAGACUUUGUCGAACGCUGUCUCAAAAAGAACCCAGAGGAACGAGCAGAUCUCAAAUCUCUCAUGAACCAUGAGUGGAUCAAAAAGGCAGACCAAGAGAGAGUUGAAAUUGCAAGUUGGGUAUGCCAGACAAUGGACCUGAAGCCAACCACUCCUACAAGAAUGGUUCCUUUAUCCUCAUGAGAACAAACUCCGCCUUGCAACUGUAUCUGCAACAUUCCAUACUUCGAGCAUUGACUCUAUUGAUCCUUACUGACCGCAUCCACUGAUGGGUCAGCUUGAUUAUAAUGGGCUUUGUGCCGGCAACAAUACAUGAACAACAAUUUCUGUUUCUGCUAGCCUUGCAGGCUAGCUAGCACAAUUAAAUGUAAUUGUGUUGUGUGUAUGUGAUGUUCACAAUAAAUUAUUUUCGCUGUGCGCGUUGACUUUGUUCAAUUACAGGGGGCUCUGUUUGUAUGAUGCACAUUAUUAUUACUAUCACUACAUUUUUAUUAUUACUGUUAUUGUUAUUAUUUUUAUUACUGUGAAUGCAUAAUAUGGUAAAUAAGUUGUUUGUAAAGUUGCCUCUGGCCUGCUUGGUAUCCAUCUUCUUAAAUAGAAUAGUUAAUCUUCUAUUUGAGACCUCUUGUUAUAUAUGAAUGAACUUUUAAAAUUAUUUCAAUUUGAGGUCAAAUAGAUGUUUUUGGCUUGAAAAUUUGUUACCUUACUAAUCAAGGAAUUUGUCAAUUGUACUUGUCAGAAGUUUAUCAGAUUUAUUAAGUCUUCACUGUGAAAAUUAAGUAUUCCUUCAAUUUCUAAAAUUACAAUUUAAGUACCUUGAACUAUUUUAUGCCAAGCAUUUCGACUGGAUUCAUAUCCAUGUAAACUUGUAUCAUGUUAUAUUAGCUAUGAUGAUUAUUUAUACAACUCACAUGAUGUUAGCUAUGUAUUUUGGCUGUAUUUAAAAUUUGCAUCACGACAUUUGUGAAGCCCUCAACAUGUUUCACUUACAAAUUUCCUCUUUUUCGUAAGACUUUUGGCAUGUCAUUACUCUUGUCUUCAGUGUAAACUUUGUGUCCGCUCUGUACAUACCCUUAAAGGUAAACAUUAUUCUAAAUGUAACUCGAACUAAUCUAGGGUAUUUUAUUAUUAGUGUAUUUUAAUCAUCAAGAGUACUCUGGGCUGAAAAAGUAUGGUUUAGUCAAAGCCUUUCAAAAUAUUUUUGUAGGCUGAGUGUUGACCAAAGCUGCAGGAAAUUGAACCACUUUGUAUAGAUAAUUAUUAAAUUAUUCUGUACAGUUAUUAUGAGUUAUCUUACUGUCCAUAUUAAAUCAGAUAUGACAGUUGUUGUAACUGCUGAUCAGGAGAAGUGGCUGCUUUGUGAUAGUGCUUUAAGACUAAUUUUAUUGGUACUCUCCUUAACUACAUUUAUGUACUGUUAUUCAUAUACUUGUGUUGCGCAUGCGCUUUCAUGAUGUCUUUAGUGAAGAUCAAUGUCAGAUACCGCUUUCUACACCAUUGAAUUUUUGCACAAAUUUGUUCGCAGACUUCAUUAUAAUAUGCUGCCUAGAUGUAUUCUUUAAUGAUAUGUACCUGUUAAUAUGUGGUAUUUUAGUGCAAACAAACCCAUGCUAGUAUAUGUCUUCAUUGGGUUGCAUUCACUGUUUUAUCUCUUUGGUAAGUUUAAUUAUUGGCUUGUACUGUCCCACAAGAAGAAAACAUACUCUACCACUUUCAUACGAAUGUUGUGAAUUGAUAGACAUUUAUCUUCUUCGAGGACAGAAUGGCUCUGUGUUACCUUUUUAGAAGUUAUUGCUGGGGAGUCGUCACCCGACUGUUGUACUAUAUGUUUUCACUUCCACUCCAUUGCUGUAGUAUACUUCACGGAGCACACAGAGCUUGUGUUUUAUACUCAAUUUAGAUGGUAGUGCAGCAACAUUAGUUAAAACUGGUUCACUUUUUGGAGACUGCUGCAUUACUUGCUUUCAUGCUACUAAGUGAAAAUUUUCCCAUUUCUAAUUCAUUAGUUUUAACUCUUUUUUUAUUGGAUAAUCAAAUCAUUUAUGCAGCCAUUUAUACUUUCUUUUAAAUUGCCUUCCUUAAAUUCUCUGAGUGGUCAUACCUGGUAGAUUUAAAUUAGAUAGUCUUUUUUUUAAAAUCUUGUUUCAUAUUCUUAUUUGAAAACAUUAUGUUUACAAUAAUUGAGUCUGAAGUGUAUCCAGUAUUUGUUGAGCCCAAAAUGAACAGGUUUUGUUCAUGUUUUUGCUAGUCGUGUCAUCCACCAACUACCAAAUGACUUUCAUGAUUAGGAAACCCUUGGUUUAUGUUAGCAUCAGUUGAAUUCUUCUUUUAUUUGACAUGAGUGCUUUUUAUGUUGUUGUAAAAAGUUGUGCUUUGACUGAAAUUUUAUUUAAUACUCCUCUUCUUUGUCUUGUCAAGCGUGUUGAAACCCUCUGCUGGUAACUUACUUAUGCACACGCUCUGUGUUGCGAAUCAACCAGAGAUGUAUUAAUUGUGUACAUGUAUAUUAAAGAAUAAGUCAGCUGUCCUUGGCUAAAA